ACCCGGGAGUCGGACGCGUAGGUUUUUCUCACUUAGUCUUAAAAUGAUGUCGUAUAACCUGCUAGCUGCUAGCGGCUUAAGUUAGCUAUUAAGCCAUACAACUUGACAGCUAGCGUGUUAGCUAGCAUUCGAUAGAGCUAGCAGCGUAAACUAUACCGCCCAUCACUCCAAGACAGUGUUUCUGACAAAAGCGGGAACGAUGGAGGCCGAAAGCUCCAACGAGCUGCUACGUUCCAGAAAACGAAAAAGAGAAGGCUCUAAUGGGGAGACCGAGGAAGGGGAGAGAUUUGGGAAAAUCCCCAGAUGCACUGUGGGUCUGAGAAAUCCUGCACCUUUUGCUGAUGAGCUUGAGCCGGUUAAUAAACCCUACGAGAGAGUCAGCAUGGAAGAGGCAAAGAAGGGAACACCUGCUAACAGACCAGUGCGAGUCUAUGCGGAUGGGAUCUUUGAUGUUUUCCACUCAGGUCACGCCAGGGCUCUCAUGCAGGCUAAACGCCUCUUUCCAAAUACACAUCUCAUCGUUGGCGUGUGCAGCGAUGAGCUAACCCACAAAUACAAGGGCUUCACUGUGAUGAACGAGGAUGAGCGAUACGACGCCAUCAGACACUGCCGCUACGUGGACGAAGUGGUGCGAAACGCUCCCUGGAGCUUAUCGCCGGAGUUCCUGGCAAAGCAUCGCAUUGAUUUCGUGGCUCAUGACGACAUCCCAUAUUCAUCAGCGGGCAGCGAUGACGUGUACAAGCACAUCAAAGAUGCAGGUAUGUUUGCUCCCACCCAGCGGACGGAGGGCAUCUCCACCUCGGACAUCAUCACUCGGAUAGUCCGAGACUAUGACGUGUAUGUCAGACGCAACCUGCAGAGAGGAUACACAGCCAAGGAACUCAACGUCAGCUUCAUCAAUGAGAAGAAGUAUCACCUGCAGGAGCGCGUGGAUAAGGUGAAGAGGAAGGUGCGUGAUGUGGAGGAGAAAAGCAAAGAAUUUGUUCAGAAGGUGGAGGAGAAGAGCAUCGACCUCAUCCAGAAGUGGGAGGAGAAAUCCAGGGAGUUCAUCGGUAACUUCUUGCAGAUGUUCGGCCCUGAGGGAGCUCUGAAGCACAUGCUGAAGGAAGGGAAAGGCCGCAUGCUGCAGGCCAUCAGCCCCCGGCAGAGCCCCAACAGCAGCCCCACCCGCGAGGAGCGCUCGCCCUCUCCCACUUUCCGACUCCCUUUCUUCUCCAAGACCUCCCCUCCGUCGUCUCCCCCACACCACAGCGGCGCGCGGGCAUAUCUCAUCAGCGAGGACGACGAUGAAGACGACGACGAAGAUGAUGAUGAUGAUGAUGAUGAUGAAAACUAAACCAAGUUUUAAAUUUGUCGUCGUUCCGGCCACAGAUAGCACUAAGAGAGCCGCCAAGCUGUGUGGCUUUCACCGAGCUCCAAGCUGCAACAAUUUUUUUAUUUUUAGUUUGUUUUUACUUUUAGCACAGCAGUCUCAUGGUAACUAUAAGAGCCAGGCUCUCCACAGCUCUCGUUUUUAAUAGUGACGUAUCAUCGUUUUCAUGUCACGGUCAGUAUAAGUUACCACUAGUCAUAGUCAUCAUAUUUAGUUCAUGUAUCUGUCACGGUUUGUUUUGCCACUCACUGUCACUUGGGGAUAUUUUCAGGUGUUUCACUCAGUGCACUGUUCCUUCUGACUGUAUUCUGUCUGCAUUAUGGUGCAGCAGGAGGGGGCUUGUUGGGUUGUUUGGAUCUGGGGACAGCUGAGCUGAGGAAUCAUGAGGAUAAAACACAUUUUAUUUAAAAGAUUGUCAUAGCAGGUCACAAAAACUGAACUGUAUAAAAGAUCUGCUCAUGUAUCUGUAUUCUGCUUAAUGUGAACCCAGCUAUGCCUUUUUUUAACUCUAGGAAAAAUCUCCAGCUUUUAUCUGAUGAACAGAAUCUGAAAAUAGGUGUUGACUAAACAGCAGACUUUGUUUCCUGAGUUUCUCUGCCUGCAUCGGGACUGUCUGUGUAUCUGCAUGUGUGCAAGAUUUGAGUCAGCAUGUUUAAAAAUGCCUCCUGUCAACAGGUUUUCACCUGUUGGAUUCAGAUUUUAAUUUACUGCUUAUAUAGGAAUACAUUUGUUUUUAAUUACUGACAAGAAUCAAGUCUUUGAAAGACUAGUUUCAAACUAGACGCCUUUUUAGUGGCCUACAAAGAACAGAUGUUGGACUAAAAAAAAAAAAAAAAAAAAACUAAUUUUUGCAGUUUUUUCAUCCCAGUAAAGUUUUGAGCAGAGAAUCAAUGUAAGCAAGGCAUGACUUGUCUUCUUUGUCUGUCCUGUUUUGCAGAUCUGGGCCUGUUUGUGAUUUAGGUGAUUUUUUCUUCUAACAAUAGCAACUAUGAGAUUUUUAAUAAUCAGAAAAAUACUAGUGUUAAGAUGUCCUUCCAACUCAGCUUGAGUAAACAUUGGCUCUUUCAUGAACAAAGCUUCCUCAUGGGUAGAUGGCAAUCCUAAAAUAUUAAAAUAGGACUUUUACAAAAGCAAGCUGUCAAUAACUGUUUGAAGGCUUCAGCCUGUGUAGCUACCUCCUAUUAAGAUUUUCUUUUUUGCCCAAGGUGAGCAACUAGUAUGAGGUUUUUACAUGUUCAGAUUAUCAAAGCAGUGGAACUUGCUUAAAUACUUGUGAUUUUCCGGUUUGUCUUACAUCAUUGGUGGUAAAGCAUGUGUAAACAAGCCACCAGUUUUUGUUUUUGUGAUAAAAACACUGUCUCCUGACUAAUCUAAAUGUCAAAUCAGUCUGUUCUAGGCUUGGUUUCCCACAAAAACAUUUAUUAUAAUUCGAAUGGAAAUCAGAUUUGGUAUAAUUUGCAGGAAGUGGGGAGAAAUCCAGCCUAGAUUCUGGUGCUAAGCUACUUUCAGGAAGCCUCGCCUUGAUUCUCACAAACAUUCUCCUAAUCUGACAAUUUCCUCAGCGUGAGCCCACAUAACUCAAAUGACAACAGCAACUACUACAGAGGCAAAGAAGUGUUACAAUUUUAAGUUACUGUUUGGGUUUUGUCUUAUGUUCUGGAUGCAAACAAAGAAUAUAUAAUUAAACUUGUUAACCAAAA